CGCGCUCUGCACCGAGGCGAGAGGGAGGGAAACUCCGGAGUGGAGACAAAGCAGCGGGAGCGGGAACAUCCGGGUCAUUCGCGCGGCCUCGAUCCGGGACACGCGCGGCGGCGGCGGCUCUCGAGGGACUCUGAAUAUGUCUGGCAUAGCUCUUAGCAGACUUGCACAGGAGAGAAAAGCCUGGAGAAAAGAUCAUCCAUUUGGAUUUGUAGCAGUACCUACGAAAAACCCAGAUGGCACAAUGAAUCUAAUGAACUGGGAGUGUGCUAUUCCAGGAAAGAAAGGGACACCAUGGGAAGGAGGCUUAUUUAAACUACGGAUGCUUUUCAAGGAUGACUAUCCUUCUUCACCCCCAAAAUGUAAAUUUGAGCCUCCGUUAUUCCACCCCAACGUGUAUCCUUCAGGCACAGUGUGUCUCUCCAUCUUAGAAGAGGAUAAGGACUGGCGGCCAGCAAUCACAAUUAAACAGAUCUUGUUAGGAAUACAAGAACUUCUAAAUGAACCAAAUAUUCAAGACCCAGCUCAAGCAGAGGCUUACACAAUUUACUGCCAAAACAGAGUGGAAUAUGAAAAGAGGGUUCGAGCACAAGCCAAGAAGUUUGCACCAUCAUAAGCAUAUGUCAUGCAGCAUCUUAAAAAGGAAGGGAUUGGUUUGGCAAGAACUUGUUUACAAAACUUUUGCAAAAUGUAAUGUUGCUAUGUACAAUUAAUACCCACAUAAGGGGAGGGGGUUGUAUGUGUGCCAUUUUCCAUAUUUGCCAGUUGUAUACAGUUCUAAAUUUGCUGAAUUGCCCCCAGUUUUUUCAUACAGGGUCUCUUCCUUCAGUCUUUUGUAUUUUUGAUUGUUAUGUAAAACUUGCUUUUAUUUUAAUAUUGAUGUCAGUAUUUCAACUGCUGUAAAAUUAUAAACUUUUAUACUUCUAUAAAUUCACUAGUAUCUCUAGUUACUUUGCUAUCUGAUGCAGGCAUGCUUUAAAAUGUUAGAACUAUAUUUAGCCUCUAGCUGGCUGUAUGAAAAAAAAAUCAUGCCCUCCACCCCCUUCCCUCCCCGAAUUUGUUUUUUUCUAUCUUUCAGAAACUAGGUUGUUAUUGCUUAAGAGCCUCUGAGAUCCAAAGGUAGCCAGCAUCCUUAUUCUGCAUCACUUUCUUUGUGUUUAUAUGGCAUUCUGUCUGUGUUGCUGUUUAGAGUAAAUAAACUGUUUAUAUAAAGGGCUUUGUUUCAUUUAUCUUCAUUAAAAUUAUUAAAAGGCUGCCAUUUAAAUGGCUCUGAACCCAAUUCAGUGCAAGUCCUGUUUUUAAGGCCUGUGAUGCUGCAUUUACCUUUUAUUUAGAUGUUGGCUUCAUUUGUUUUGCGUGUCCCUGACCCUGAGCAGGUAUGUGGCCCUUCCUUUGGGCCGUGUGUGGUAACAGCACCAAGUCAGUUCUGAUCAGUUCCUUAGGCAGAGACCAAUUACUGUGCAUAAUGGGAUCAGCAUACUGGUGUCACCAUGUUAAUAUAAAAUUAUGCGAGCUUUAGACUGAUACGAGCAAUAAUAGAAGUUGACCAAGGAAUGCUGAGGAUUUUUAAUGGUGCUUGUUUAUCAGAAAUAAUUUUGCGCCUUUUUCAAUAUGCUAAUGCAUAUAGCUUCUAGGGAAAGGAUGUGCUGUAUGCAAUUACAGUUUCCUUCUGUAAAGGAAAUCUGUUAAAUUAUGUAAGUUAUUUUCAUGUAUGUGAAGCUGAUAUGCCUUCUAUUAAACUUUCACUGCUUUUAUUUUAAUUGUAUUUUUAAGUCAAAAUCAUUCUGCAAAACAAAAAAAAAGUGAAAAGCUUUGUUCCAUCUGAGCUUAGUUUAUUCAGUGCUUUUAUUAAAAAAUGACUACUGCUCAGCACUUAAAUCUAAGUUACAGAGCUCUGUUCGCAGAUCUGUUUUGCUUCUCUGCAGUUGACUGCUAUAGCUUUAUAAAAUAAAAGCAUUCCCCCAGAUUACAGUA